UUUGUAAUAUUAAACAUAAUUUUAUUAAUCAUUAUAAUUCUUAUUAGAGUUGCCUUUCUAACCUUACUUGAACGUAAAAUUCUUAGUUAUCAACAAAUACGAAAAGGUCCAAAUAAAGUUGGAUUCAAAGGAUUUUUACAACCAAUUAGAGAUGCAAUUACUAUUUAUAAAUUAAGCCCCAUAUUUAUAUUUAUAUUAUCAAUAAUUAUAUGAAUUAUAUAUGCACUUAUUGGAUCAGUUCGAUCAAUUGCUCAAAUAAUCUCAUUUGAAAUUAGAUUAUUUUUAAUAAAUCUUGAAAAACUUCAAGGAAAUAAUAUUUCAUUAUUUAUCUUAACCUCACCAAUAUACAUUAUUUUUUUUACUAGAAUACUAAUUGAACUAAACCGAACACCAUUUGAUUUAAUUGAAGGAGAAUCCGAACUAGUAUCUGGUUUCAAUGUAGAAUACUACAGAAGAUUUUUUGUAUUAAUCUUUCUAUCAGAAUACUCAAGAAUUGUA